AUGCUGACGGAGUAUAACGCAGAGCUGGCGAGGGUGGGGCAGAGACCCCCUGAUGCUUUCUCACAACCAGUCAGCCAAAUGCUGACGGAGUAUAACACAGAGCUGGCGAGGGUGGGGCAGAGACCCCCUGAUGCUUUCUCUCAACCAGGGGGAGACAUAUCGUCUGAGCUGAUGAAGGCCGUGGACGUGUUGCCUGACCUGGCGGACAAAAAGAGAGCCCUCGACGCUCACACCACCAUCGCCACGGCGGUAGUCAACGGCAUACGAGAGAGAGAGCUAGACCGGUGA